UACUCGGUGCUGUCGGACUUUGCGCGCGCGAGCAAGGGGCUCGGCGUCGUCAACCAGCACAACACGCUCUGGGAGGACCUCACGUGCCUCGACCACCUCGCGCUCUUCGGCGCCAUCCGGUGCGCGGACCCGGCGACCGUCGCGGAGCUCGCGGCGGCGACGCUCCGGCGCGUCGAGCUCGGCGCGCACGCGGCGAAGCUCGCGGGGCGGCUCUCCGGCGGCAUGAAGCGCAAGCUCUGCUGCGCCGUGGCGCUCGUCGGCGACCCGAGCGUCGUCCUCCUCGACGAGCCGUCCGCGGGGCUGGACCCCGUCAGCCAGCGCAACCUCUGGAACCUCAUCAAGGCGACGAUGCGGGGGCGGAGCGUCGUGCUCACGACCCACUCCAUGUUCGAGGCCGAGGUCCUCUGCGACCGCAUCGCCAUCCAGGUCCGCGGCCAGCUGGCGUGCCUCGGGACGCCCGACCACCUCAAGCGGAAGUUCGGGUCCGGCUACGAGCUCGUCGUCGCGCUCGAC